AUGCUGAAAGUCACAAGGCAAAAGAUUGAUCGCGAUACUCACGUGAUCGUCACACUGAAUGGGGACUUCCUGUGGAGGUCGGAGCUGGAUCGGAAGGACAAAGGAGCUGUUAUGGUCGAGUUGCUGAACAAAGUCGGUAUCGAGUACGUGGUGCUGGGCAACCACGAGUUCGAUUUUGGCGCCGAACACAUGCGCGAGUUGCUCGCCGGCGCUAAUUUCAAGUGCUUCGGGUCGAAUGCUAGGACUGCUGCCAGUGGCGAGUUGUAUCCGGGUCUCGUGGAUACGUGGGUGGUUCCGUUGAGCAAUGGGCUUCGGCUGGGUCUGUUUGGGGUUCUGACGACUGUCACUGGGAAGGACCCAUUUGCUGGACCCAGCGUUGUUUUUGAAGACGAGAGACCUCACGCGCGUCGCUGUGUUGAGGAACUGAAGGCGCAGGGAGCAGACGUCAUCGUGGCGCUGACCCAUUUCAAGGUUGCGGACGAUGUGCGACUUGCCAUGCAGGUGCCGGGUAUCAAUCUCAUCCUGGGAGGCCACGAUCACUUUCCAGUGACCUGCGCUUCUGGCGUCGACACGCUGAUUCACAAGUCAGGCAUGGAUGCUCUUUGGCUGGGGGCCGUGGAGAUGACGUUGACCACACCGAAGAUAUCUCGCCAGGUUCAGACCCACAAGUCUGAGGUCCGAGUGGGUUUCCAGUGGCAAAUGCUUUUGAAUCGUGGAUAUCAAGCCGAUCCAGAAUGCCUCGCGCUUCUGAACAAGUACGUAAUGGACGUUGAGCGGGAGGAGCUAGCGCAAGGAAAACUAACACCACUGGCGACGGCAGGCACAGCGUUGGAUGGACGACGCGUCACGUGCCGCACGCAAGAGAGCAACAUGGGCAACCUCGUAGCAGACUCUCUGCGUGAAGGACUGGGAGCUGAUAUCGGGCUUGUGAACGCAGGCUACAUUAAAGGAGACAAGCUGAACGAGCCUGGACUUGCCAUUACGCGCAAGUGGCUUGAGAAAUAUCUUCCCCUAGUGAAGCCUACUGUGGUUGUGGAGUUAUCUAUUCGCGAACUGAAGGACGCGCUUGCCUACUGGUUGCGCCGAUACCCUGCGAUGAGCUCGUCGCAGCCACAUUUCUCUGGUCUCCGCACCGGCGAACAAGCGGAUACACCCACGGAUCGCUUGGUAUCCGUCGCGAUGCCCUUGCUGAGUAGCAUGGAUGGGUGGCAUUUCUUCGCAAGCGCUCGCCAUUUGAGAUCGGGUCCUCUUGUGCGUGACCUGGUUGAAAAGUUUGUCAUCCAGAGACCGCAGAUUGAUUAUCCAGCGAAAGAAGGUCGUCUUCGCCUCCUCGAGUCGAUUCAGGCCAAGCCAAGCUUCCCCAAACCAUCCGCAUUGUAA